UCCUUCCCCGCCCUCCCACUCAGGGACGAGGGAAAAGAUAGGGCCGGGAAAGGGCAAUCUGAGCUUUCUCUCUCUCUUAUGCCAUGUGGUAGGCUCAUCCUCCAAGUCCUGCUCCUGUCCUUUCCUGAAAACUUGAUUUGCUUCCCAGUCCAAAGAAGAGCUGCUCGGAGUUCAGCCAGACUUUGGACAGAAGGACGCUUGCAGCUCAAGCUAACAGACCGGGUCGCUCCUAAAGGAUAUCAUCUCCAUUCAUGAGUUCAAGUAAAAGAGUGGAUUUGAAGAUCAUUAUCAUUGGAGCUUUGGGUGUAGGGAAAACCUCUCUCCUCCACCAGUAUGUUCACAAGAAAUUUUAUGAAGACUAUCGAACUACCCUUGGAGCCAGUAUCUUGACAAAAAUGGUGGCUGUGGACCGCACGCCACUCAAAUUGCAGAUUUGGGACACUGGCGGGCAGGAACGAUUCCGGUCCAUGGUAUCUACAUUCUACAAAGGUUCAGAUGGAUGUAUGCUGGCCUUUGAUGUGACAGAUAUGGAUUCCUUUGAAUGUUUGGAGGAUUGGAGGGAAGAUUUUCUGCAAAAGGUUAUCCCUACGGAGCAAGGCUUCCCAAUGGUCGUAUUGGGGAAUAAAAUUGAUUUGAAUGACCGCCAGGUGUCCAAAGAGACAGCUUCUUUGUGGUGCAAAGAAAAGGACAUUGCAUACUUUGAAGUUAGUGCCAAGAAUGACAUCAAUGUAGUGAAUGCCUUUGACACAUUGGCAAGACAAGCUCUAUCAAGGUACAAAGGGAUCAUUGAGAACUACCUAACGGAUUCUAUAAAACUCACUCCCGAAGACGGGCCCAAGAAAAAGUGCUGCUGAGAUGCCAUUUGGAGAGAUGAGGCAUUUCCAUUCAAUCCAAAGGUUGCAGCAAGGGACAGAGAACAGGCAUAACUGUGAACAACUUCCCUUUUGGGCCUUGUCCAUCACGGAUGGCGGAAUAACUGAAGGAAUCUCAUCCCAUGUUGCAGAAAAAAAAUUAAAAGACGACAGAUAAUGACUGGACAUGCAAAUCACCUGAAGUCUCCAGAUAAUGUUAAAACAGCUGAAUCACUUCAUGGAUCUGCCCAUUGCUGUUUCAUUCAAGCAUUUCUGAGAUGCCAUUUCGAAACUCAGACCCAUUCAUCAAAAUACCUCUAUGACAUGACUUGAUUAAUUGACCUGGUCUGAUUUGGCUUCUGUCUUCUACACUUUGUUACAUAAUGGAGAUUGUGCCACAGUAGAGAAUUCUGAACAGCUUCUGGCACUUGACUGGAAUAUAAAGUACAUUCCUGAAAAGUAGCCCAACUUGAGAUGGCAUAAGGGAAGGCACAGUCCUCAAGUUUCCUCCCUUGCAAACAUAAUCCUCAGCUGCAUGCAGUGAUUUUGGUCCAGACAUUCAAAAAGUUCACAUUUGUUCACUAAAUGUACAAAGGGUGAAGUAAUGACACAAGCAGCUUGAAAUGUCUAGUAUCAGGGCAGACUGUUUUAAUUAUCAAAAAGGUGGAUUGCUAAAUUUCCAGAAUGCAAUCCAAGCAAUUUGUGUUUGGGUUUGCAUUCUUCAGUUUAUAUUCUUAGAAAGUAAGAGCAGAUUUGCAAAUUCGCCUAGCACAUCAAAAUCUGGAGAUUUUCCUAGGGAGUUUAACUUGGUUCUGUCUGGCAUAUUUUGGUUAAGAGGAUUUAUCCUGCAUGCACAGAAAUUGUCACUUCAAUGAGGGAUUUCCACAAGUUGCUUUAAAUUGCAUCCCACUUGUUCAGUGUUAUAAAAAUAAUGGAAACUCACCUUGACACAAGUACUAGACAAAUCUGUGCAAUGGGAUGUUGAAUACUGAGGCUGAAACCCACAGAUUUAGAUGUGUGAAUGUCCCCAUUGACCUAAAUGGGAGUAAUGCCUAUUUCAAAAGGGAAUUUUGCAAUGUACAGUGACAAUAGAAAAUACUAAGGGAACUUUUAAAAAACUAUUUUAUAUAAUAGAAAUGAACAUGGAAUGGAAUCAACUUGAACAUGAAAACAUGUAACAGAUGACGGGGUAUGAAAUAAGUUUAUUUUCUAGAUCCCUUUCAUGUAAUGCGCCUUUUUAAACAUUGUUUUAAGGUUUGGCAGAACAUUAGAGAUGACAUAUUUUAUUAUUGGAGACUUAUAGAGAACUAAGAUGAGUAAUUAACAAAGUGCAAAAGAAGAAGGGAAAUAAAUGAUAGGACAAAUUUAAUGACUGAUAUUCAUGGGACUGUAUAUGCGGGUUAUUUAAGUUGUAUUGUAUAUGAGACUUAAAUUUGUGAACUGUUUUAUAGGGAUUUGUUAAUUAUGUCUAAAAUGCGAAUGUAACAUCAACAUUGAUAUGAAUGUCUGUUUCUUUCCAUGCCUUCUGUUCCUUACAAAGAAAGGCUAAUUGGGGAGGGGGGGGGGGUUAGAAUUUAGAAAUAUGGCUAAAUGGGACAAUGACAGAACUAUAUAAAAUUUUUGUAUAAUACAGAAAAUUGAUACAUUUUUCUCCCUGCCUAAAAAUUCUAGAAGUCAUGCCUACCCCCAAUAAUAUUGAUGAGCAACAACAGGUGAAUAAUAAUAACUGCCCAACUGUGUUGAACCACAUUAGAGUAGGAAUAGUUUGUGUACAACGUUCAUAAUUAACUGAAUGGUAUGAUACAUGACAAAAGUCCCCACACAUACAGUACAUUGAUGUCAUCCAUAAAUUUUGGUUAACAGUUCUGUGAUUUGGGGAUUUGGCUAUAGAUGAAUUAACCAGCUCAUUCCAUCAAUAGAUCCUGAUGGCUUAAUCGCAGGGAGGGAUGAACUGGCAAUGGGGUUCCACACAAAUUGUCUUGCUACUGUGCUGGUUCACCACCUAAGUGCAAUAAAGUCCUUAGAAAUUCCAUAUGGAUUCUAGAUAUCCCA